AUGCCGCUCCUGUCGCGGCGGGCCUCGUCCGUGCUGCUCAGCCUGAUGGGCUUGUUCCUAAUCGGAACUGUGCUUGUGCUUGCUGUAGUACGAACACAUUUUCGUGUGGAUGAGCUGUCCUACAUUCGCGAGACAGAACUUGGGACAUGGGACGAAAUUCGACGCAACGCCCGCCCACACAUCCUGGACAGUGCGCCGGACGCGUUAGGGGAGGAAGGCCCGUCGGAUCAGAUACCCAGGAUCAUUCACCAGACGUGGAAGACGGAGGAGCUGCCGGAGCGCUGGAAAGGUGCGCGCGAGCACUGUGCAGCGCUGAUGCCCGACUAUGAGUAUAUGCUGUGGACGGACGCGAGUGCACGGGCCUUUAUUGCGGGUGAAUACGCAUGGUUUCUGGACACUUACGAUUCGUACCGCUACAACAUUGAGCGCGCAGAUGUGAUUCGUUAUUUUGUGCUGCACAAGUACGGCGGCAUUUACAUGGACUUGGAUAUCGGGUGCCGAAGACGGCUCGACUCGCUCCUGCGCUUCGACGCCAUCGUGCCCAAAACCAUCCCGGUCGGUGUGAGCAACGACUUGAUGUUGUUCAAGCCCGGAGAGCCGAUGCUCGAGUUGCUCAUUCAGAACUUGAAGCGCUUCAAUCACAACCUGAUUACGCCGUAUGCGACCAUCAUGUUCUCGACAGGGCCCAUGUAUGUCUCGGCGGUGUACAGGAUGAAUGCGGACGCAAAUCCAUCUGUCGGGCCCUCUACGCCCACAGACCCGACCGUUGGCUUCCGCGGCGUACGCGUCCUGCCCAAAUUUUUGUACGGAAAGAAUGCAAAGCCGGGAGAGACGCCAGAUUCCUUUUUUGACCACAUGUACGGCUCCUCGUGGCACGAGGGCGACGCCGAUUUCCUCAUCUUUUUGCGCAAGCACGGCAGGCUGAUGAUGGCUGGCGCGGGCGUGCUGGUGGUCUUGGGCCUGCGCCGCUACUAUUUCGGCGUGCUGCGCGUCAUUUUUUUCGCCCUGCUUUCUCUUGUGCACAGCCUUGCAACAGUAUUGCAGCGCAUGUACAACGAUGUGCGCAGCAUGCUGGGCAUGGCAAGUGACAGCGCUUGCCUGGAGCAGGAACUCGCGCCACUUGCGCCUGCAACGCGGCCAGGAUCGCCGUGGGAUGCGCCAAAUGUAAAAGUGACGCAGGCGAGCCCUGCAAGCGGCGUCAGCAGCGUAGCAACGUCACAAUUAAUACACCCGCCACACUGCGCAGCUGACUCGGCCAUGGACGAGCAUACCCAACGCACUACACAAAAAGACGAGGCACUGGGAACCUACUCGAAACGCUGCGACGCAUGGUCCACGCACAACCAAAGCACCAAUCUUCCUGCCUACUACGUUGACUGCGGCAGCGAAUACGCUAUGAAUACGCCCCGCAAUGACCACCUUGUACAGAACGAAGCGCCGCCGCGGGAAAAUGACGCUCAGUCCAUGUUGCUGGCCCGCCAUGUUUGGCGUACAAUGCGCCCUUCUGUAUUGUUCGAAAAGAUAUCAAAACCGCGCCGGCGCAAUACAGAGCCUGACGCAUUUGUUGAGCGAUCAGAAACGGUGCUGCGCAAUGUCAGCAUCGAUGGCACGCCGCACGAUUAUCUCUCGCCGUGCGAGCCAUUGUCGCGCACAAUAUCAAAUCAGAGCGACGAUUACCGCGGGGAAUUUGCAACGAUUGUCCGGCAGCAGCAGCAUUCGUUGGCGUCGCCGAAUCUCUGGCCACGCAUGUCGCCAUCGCCUACAUUGCUCCUUCCGCCGGACGAGCCACCAAUCCCGACAUACCGUACCAGAGUGAUGCGAAGACAGCCGGUGGUGGGCUCAUCACGUGCAACAACCCCCUCGGUGCCGGAGCCGUGCACGGCGCAUUAUGCGCACAACGAGUAUUGA